AUGCCGGUCCCACUGCUCCCGUUACUGCUGCGAACGCUGGCGGGCCGCCUGCUUCUGCCUGCCGCCCGCCUGGCCCGCCGGCACCUCCUGCCCCUGCUGCGCCGACUGGCCCGCCGCCUAGGCUCGCAGGAUGUUCGAGACGCUUUGCUGGGCUGUGUGUUGUUCGUCCUCAGCCAGAGACGCCCGCCCGACGCUGAGGAGGCCUCCAGAGCGGCCGGCCAGGAGAGGAGGGAGAGGCUAGCUCCCCCCAAAUGA